AUGGCCAAAGAUGAGAUCAAGCAGCGAGAACUUCUUCGACAACCCCUGCAGAAGUCUACAUCGGCGCUUGACGCUCGAGACAUGAAACUGGGAGCCGGGUCGACUAUCACCAACUCCGGUGCCAGUCAGGAGAGCAGACCAGAAACCGGUCUGUAG